AUGAAAAAUGAAAUAGCUCGUUUGACGGAAGAAGUAACACAGCUGAAAGAAGAAAGGCAGAAGUGGGCACUGAGAAGGGGAAAAUGUCAAAAUGCGGGUGACGAGUCGUUGAUUGAGAUGCUGGAGGAGCGGCUCGCUGAGGCAGAAAACUGCAUACAGGAUUAUCGAGAUGAAAAUACGGUGCUGAAAUGUGAGCUUCGAGAACUGCAGGAAUGUGACGGAGCAGAAGGUGGCAACGACCCGGAGAAUGCAAAGUUAGCCGAGAAACUGAAGGCAUCGGAGUCGCUAUGCGAGGAAUUGAUGGAGGAGAAUGAGACCUUGAAAGCGGACGUAAAGGAUUUGCAACAAGAAAUCGAAGAAAUGCAAGACCAAUAUCGUGAAGAAGAGAUUGAGGAGUUUCGCGAGCUGCAGCGUGAGCUUGAGCAAAAUGCAAAAAAUUGCCGAAUUUUGCAAUUUAAGCUCCGGAAAUCGGAACGCAGUCGCGAACAACUAGAUGCCGAGAAGCAGCACCUCGAAGCCAAAGUUCAAGAUGAUGUGUUCUAUCUGAAAGAUAAAGUGAGGGAGUUACAAACUCAGAACAAAUGGCGAGAGGCUCGAAAUCGCACCGAAUUGCAAACGAAACGAACAAGUGCAGAUCUGUCGCCGAGUUCCACAGAUUCGGAAACAAGCAAGGAAAUGAGGGAUGUUUUAGAACGCGAAGCAGACUUACGCGAUCAGCUUAAAUUCGCCGAAGAAGAUUUGAGGCGAACGCAACUUAGGCUACAAGAUGUUGAAAACGAAAACGAGGAGCUACUGAGGAAACUAACUCGGCUAAAAACAGUGAAGAGGCCACCGAUGACACGCUCUUUCAGUGAGGGUCACGCGCAGAUACAGCUCGAGCUUGCAGAACAUGAAAUGGAGCACCUGUCGACAAAGGUGGAGCGCCUGGAGAAAAAGAACAUUCACCUCUCGAAGAAGUAG